AUCUAUGGCGCCGAUUACCAACCUCAGGAACUUCCUGCCGAAGAGAUUACCCAUGUCCUCUACGCAUUCGCCGACAUUGCUUCAGAUGGAGAGGUAAAAUCCUCAGACAGAUACUCUGACCUUGAGAAGCACUACCCCACAGAUUCGUGGAACGAUCAGGGGAACAACGCAUACGGCUGCGUCAAACAGCUGUACAUUCUCAAGAAGAAGCAUAGGCACUUGAAGAUCCUUCUCUCCAUAGGCGGUUGGACAUAUUCACCCAAGUUCGCUCCUGUUGCUGCAACUGAGGCCGGACGGCAACGAUUCUGCUCCUCUGCAGUUCAACUUCUACAAGACUGGGGCUUCGACGGCCUCGAUAUUGAUUGGGAAUACCCCGCCGACGCGGCUCAAGCGCAGAACUAUGUCCGCCUUCUCCAAACCUGCCGAGCCGCCCUCGACUCGUACGCGGCGCAGUACGCGCCGGGGUACCACUUCCUUCUCACGAUUGCCGCGGCGGCCGGCCCACAGAACUACAACACUAUGGACAUUGAAGCCAUGGAUCCCUUGCUCGACGCGUGGCACCUCAUGGCUUACGACUAUGCGGGCUCGUGGGACUCGACCUCGGGUCACCAGGCCAACCUGUACUCUAGCAGCGCCAACCCGGCCAGCACAAAGUUCAGCACCGAGCGCGCCGUCAGCGACUACCUAGCCCGCGGUGUGUCCUCCCGCAAGCUCGUCCUGGGCCUACCGCUGUACGGCCGCUCCUUUGAGUCCACAGCCGGCCUGGGCCAGCCCUACAACGGUAUCGGCCAGGGAUCAAUCCAAAGCGGCGUGUGGCUCUACAAGGACCUGCCCAGGCCGGGGGCCGUUGAGAUGUACGACGAUGUUGCCAUGGCCAGCUAUAGCUUCGACCCGGCCAAAGGGGAGUUGGUGUCUUACGAUACACCCCGGAGCGCCAUCGAGAAGGUUCGCUAUCUCAGGGCAAAGAGGCUUGGGGGUACAGUGUUCUGGGAGGCCAGCGGGGAUAAGCAAGGGGAGGGUAGUCUGGUGGGCACGGUUGCGGACGAGCUGGGCGUGUUGGACAGGUCGAGGAAUUGGUUGAGUUUCCCGGUGAGCCGGUAUGACAACAUUCGGGCUGGUAUGCCGGAGGUUUGA